GUGAAACAUCUUUUACUUGGUACCGAAUCACACGCUGAAUAGGCUUACACCGCUUAGUGCUCACGAGUCACGAGUCACGAGUCGCAUCUCACACAAGACGCACAAAAACACACACGCAGAACUCAAAAGUUCUUGCGCCCAGCAGUGGAAUACGUCGGGCGACCUACUGCGCUCGAAUUUUACACAUAUAACGUAUAUUUUACAAGAUCGAGCGUUGCGAAUUGAAAUUUAAAUUGAAUUAUUUAUUCAGUGUGGAUAUAUCCUUGUCGUCAAAAAGUGUUGCUAUCCUUUCGCCAUUUGAACUAGUCGCUUUUCACGAGCAGAAAAAAAGCAUUUCAUACGCGUCAGUGACAUUGUUGGGAAAAGUGCUGUCGAAACUGUUAUCUCGUCUGCGCUUUUUAUUAAUUUUAUUAAACAAAGUUUACUCAAUAAAGUAAUAAGUGUCUAAAAGUUAUCUGCUGCGUGAGUCAAAAUGUCAUCAAAACAACGAAUAGUGGCGUUAACUAAAGUUUAUUCGGACGAGUGUAUUUAUACGUGGACGAUUGAGAAUUAUCGCUUGCUAAAAUUUAAAGUAGGAGAAAGAAUAACAUCUCCAAAAUUUGGCGUUGGAAGUGACGAAAAAAAUUAUUUUCAAUUGUGGAUGUACCCCGAAGGCGUCCAUAAAGAGUCUGAAGGAUACAUUUCUGUAUAUCUUACACCUGUAAUUGAUUCAACGAAGCGACCGGAUAAGCUCGUAUGUAAAUGGACAAUGUCAGCUGUUAAUGAUGGAACAGUUGUUGAUAAAUUUACAUUGCAUCUUGAUUUUGCGACCGAUAACUUCAAUGGCUAUGGUACGCCGAAAUUUUAUGCAUUAAAAAAUAUUGACAAAUUAAUUUCGGCCGAGAACACUGUAACUAUUCAAUGUGAAUUAGAAAUUUUCAAGGAAUUUGAAUCCUCAUUGAAAUUAGACAAUAUCAACAUUACACAUCAGAUAAAUAAUAAAAUAAAUUUGGACUCAUUGUUUCUCUGUGAAGAAUUCAGUGAUAUUAGAAUAAGAACUUCUGAUGAAAAUGACAUCCCAGCUCACAAAGCUAUACUCGCAGCUGCCAGCCCCGUAUUCAAAGCCAUGUUUACUCACAAUAUGUUGGAAAAUAAAGAAAAUUCAGUGAACAUAACUGACACUACUAAUAAUACUGUAAUUGAAAUGUUGAGAUAUAUCUACACAGCUGAGGUUAUUAUCAACAAAGUAGAUAUUACUAUUGAACUAUUAGAAGUAGCUGACAAGUAUCAAAUUGACAAUUUGAAAAUUGAAUGUGAAAAAAUAUUAUAUUCUGAUUUGUCAUCUGAAAAUGCUAUCAAAAUAUUAAUAGCUGCUCAUAAAUACAAAACAAAGUAUUUGGAAGAUGAAACAAUAAAGUUUAUUACAAGAGGAAAGAUCGAUGACGAAGGCAGAGUGGAAGCACCACGCGUUGCAUUUGACGAUCUUACGAGGAUUUACAUCGCAGCAGUGAAUAUGAUUCUUGAAAGUGAAAUGUAG